GCCCGCCCGCGGGCGGGGUUGGGCGCCGCGCUCGGCCGGGCGCCCACGGCCCGUGCUGCCCGCCGAUUGCCGGCGCCGUCAGCGCGCUCGCAGGACCGAGCCUCAGAGCUGCUAAAACCAUCGAAGGGAAUACACACAUCCCACCCACCUCGGGCAAGGGGUCUCUCCUGGCCAUGUCUCCUGCCGCUGCUGCCGAGCCAGAUGGGGUCCAGGAAGACAGGCAUGUCAGCAAGCUCAUUUUCUUCCUUUUCGUCAUCGGUGCCAUCCUGCUGUGCGUGGGAGUCCUGCUCUCUAUCUUUGGGUUCCAGGCGUGCCAAUACGAAACCUUCCCAGACUGCAGCGUGGUGCUGAAGAUCGCCGGACCGGCGUGUGCCGUGGUUGGGCUGGGGGCUGUGAUCCUGGCCCGCUCCAGGGCACGACUUCAGCAAACUGAGGCGCGCCUGCGAGGCAACAACCAGGGGGACUCCGACCGACCCUUCCUCUGUGGGGAGAGCCGCCAGUUUGUCCAGUGCCUCAUCUUUGGGUUUCUGUUCCUGACGAGCGGCAUGCUCAUCAGCGUACUGGGCAUUUGGGUCCCUGGGUGUGGCUCAGACUGGAUGCAGGAACCGCUGAACAAGACAGACACGGCUGACUCGGAGCCCCAGAUCUGUGGCCUCCUGUCCCUGCAGGUCCUGGGGCCCUUGAUUGUGCUUGUGGGGUUGUCUUUCUUCGUGGUCGCCCACGUUAAGAAGAGAAACGAUUUGAAUGGGAUCCAGGAUGCUUCUGAAAGUGAAGAGAGACAAACCCAGAGCCUGGAGCCUGUCCAGGUGACUGUAGGUGAUGCCGUGAUCAUAUUCCCACCCCCUCCACCACCUUACUUUCCUGAGUCUUCAGCUUCUGCGGCUACUCGGAGUCCUGGGGCUGACGGUUUGCUGCCAGAUGAACACCCACCUUCAUAUUAUAGUAUUUUUCACUCUGGGUCCCCAACUCCUGAGGGCCAAGGCGCGGCCUCUGAGAGAGAUUGUGAAUCGAUAUAUACGAUUUCUGGGACCGCUUCAUCCUCUGAGACCUCCCACACUCUCCACCUCUUGUCCGAACUGCCUCCCAGAUACGAAGAAAAAGAAACUGCUGCUACCACGUCCUUGCCUCCAUCUUCUGAGCCUUCCCCACCAUGAACCAUGGACUCGUGUUCAAUUUUAUAUAGAAUCAAUCACUAUUUUAUUUAAUUUGUUUUCUAAUAAAAAAAAUAUAGUAGCAUCA